UUAGCUGGAUAGAGCAGAAACGGCCCUGAAGACUUAUGGACUAUCUGAUUUGAUUAAAACGAAUCAUUUGGAGCAAAUCGCAUCUGCAAAUCGGCACACUACUCAACGCAGCUGCAGCAAUGGAAGGACAUGGCGGGGUUAUAUUCGGAUAUGCCCCUACUUUUGUGGUUAUGGGAAAUCGCCAAAAUAACUAUCUAGGUCUCUCUUGGUUGUAUGUGGCUGGCUGCUUGUAGCCAAUGUUAGCAUUUAGCUAGCUCACUGUGAACAAUCUGGCGGGACGGCCUGGUUUGUCUCGCACUAAAUAUUAACGGUCGCACUUCUCGAUGGUCAUAGCUCCACGGAUAUUGCUGAUAAUUUAGCCAUCUAUCCUAUCUAGCGUUAUCUGUCUAGCCAACAGUUCACACCAGAGCGCUGUUGCUAGGGCGGAGUUGCAGUUCAGUUCAGUUCAGUUCUGUUCUGUUCUGCUCUGCUCUUGCUAGCCAGUUAGCUAGAUAAUUUUAAACGAUAUACGAACUAACGCAAGUAGCAAGACUAACAGCUAGCUAGGCAAGCAAAGUUGCUGGCUAGCUGGCCAGAUUUGUUCGUGUUUCAUUCCGAGGGUCCUGCAUUAAAAUGUAAAGUGACUUAAAGCUAGGCUACCACGGGCAACUAUCUUUUCUUGUUGCAGAGGUUGGUUUGCGAAGUUUGUUCAUUUCGCAUUUGACAAACCGUUUGAUUUAAGAAGCUAGUUGAGCAAUUCCACAAUUUUGACUUGCCAAACCGAGGCAAAGUUAGGCCUAAACAUCAGGCUGGCUUGCUAAAUUUAAAGCUAACUAGCUAGCCAGAUUAUUAGCUAGUUCUGCUGUUAUUAAUAAACUAUUUGUAACAUGUCGUUUACCUAACGAAACGUUCAUUCCUUACGAUGUGGCUAUGGGAAUAGAAGGCUAAAGGUAGAUGUAGAUCGAACACCUUGAGCAAGUUUUUGUAUUUUGAGGGAGGCAAGUUAUCUAGUUAGUGCCACAAUGCAUUUUUUCACAUGUAGCCACAAGGAUUGUGUCAUUGAUGUUAACUAUUUACACUGGGACAAGAGAAGCACUUCCCGCGCCAAUUGCAUCAAAUAGAUAACCGGUGGUUUAGCUUGGCUUGGCUAGGCUAGGCAGCUAACUGGCAAUGAAAGAUAGCGUUAGUAUAGUAAUUUGAGGGAUCGUCGUAUGAUAAAUGAGUCAGACGCGCAGUAAUUUCUUAACGGUUGCAGUUUAACAUUAGUUAAUAGCAGGUACCUACUUCAGGUGUCACUAAUUUCUUUCAUAACCCUGAGAUAUAGUGGAGAUGCUCUAAAAGAAUCUGUCAUGUCGAGCAAAGCCUCGAGUAAAGAGAAGAAAUCCAGUCUUGGUAAGAAACUCUUCCGAAGAGGAUCUGUUCGGUCGGUGGGGAGUUUUAUGAGCAGAGUCUUGAAGACUCUGUCAACGCUCUCCCACUUUGGAUCCGAAUUACACGCUCCGGAAGGUGACAAAGACGAUGGCGGUUUCACAUCGUUCAAGCUCGAGGGCAAGGGAUCGGUAGCCUCUGAAGAAAGUGACUGCGGUGGUUUUCUCGCAGGAGACAAGGUGCCUGGUGUGUCCGGUCUUAAAAACCAUGGCAACACUUGCUUCAUGAAUGCCAUUCUGCAGUGUCUGAGCAAUACUGAGCUUUUUGCCGAGUAUUUGGCCCUGGAACAGUUUCGAGGAGAUGCAACGGAGGAAGAGAAACCCAAGACAAACGGUGUUCACCUGCAGAGGAGAGGUCCUCAGCAGAAAGGAGACGUGACCGAACAGCUGGCUGGAUUGGUUAGAUCCUUGUGGACAUUUGAAUAUACUCCACAGCAUAGCAGAGAUUUCAAAAAUGCUGUGUCGAAGCGUGCUAUGCAGUACAGGGGAAAUGCUCAGCAUGAUGCUCAAGAGUUCCUCCUCUGGCUUCUGGACCGUGUGCAUGAAGACCUUAACAGCAUGGGCCACAACAGGUCCUCUAUAAAGCCCCCCCUAGAGGAAGAUGAUGGAGCUCUGGAGGGACCCUCACUCCCACUCUCAGCUGGCUCCUUUGUUCAGGAGCUUUUUCAAGCACAGUACAGGUCCUCGCUCACUUGCCCGCACUGUCAGAAACAGAGCAACACUUUUGAUCCUUUCCUGUGUAUCUCCCUCCCCAUCCCGUUACCUCAUACUCGGCCUCUGUACGUGACGGUGGUGUAUCAGGGCAAAUACUCUCACUGCAUGCGGAUCGGCGUCGCUGUCCCCCUCAAUAGCACCGUCUCCAGGCUGAGAGAGGCUGUGGCGAGAGAGACCAAGAUUCCGCCGGACCAGUUUGUCCUGACCGAAAUGUACUACGAUGGUUUCCACCGCUCCUUCUGUGAUGAUGACGAAGAUCUCGAUAUCAUUCAAGAGAGCGACUCCAUCUUUGCAUUUGAAACCCCUGAGACAUUCCGAUUGGAAAACCUUCGCUCCAAAAGAGGGAGCCUUCUGGCCAACCUCAAUCAGAACAAUCUGAAGUACAACAGUGAGAACACUCGCACCCCGUCGUUCAUGCAAGGGGCAGUGAAUCCGGCAUCACCCAAUAAGAAUACGGAAUCUGAUAAGAUGAUCCUGCUGGUCUGUAACAGAGCCUGUACUGGUCAUCAAGGGAGGAGGUUUGGCCUUCCCUUUGUUCUGUACAUGGACCGCGCUGUGACAUGGGAUGUGCUUCAGAAGGCGAUACUGGAGAAGAUGCAUCACCUGAGACCAGGGGUUUACAUCCAGGUGGGGCCCUUCAGCCUGCGUGUUGUUGGUGUAGUAGGAAUUACGUACCUGUUACCUCAGGAGGAGCAUCCGCUCCGUCACCCCACCGUGGAGAGGGCAUACAAGUCGUGUGGCCAUGGGGGCCCUCCUCAUGUAAAGAUCGUGGUUGAGUGGGAUAAAGAGACCAAGGAUUACCUGUUUGGCCACACGGAGGAGGAGUACAUCCCAGACGCAGAGAGCGUGUACCUGCACCGCGAACAGCACCACCAGCCGCAAGCCUGCACCCUCGCACAGUGCUUCCAGCUCUACACCAAAGAGGAGCAGCUGGCUCCGGACGACGCGUGGCGCUGUCCCCACUGCAAGCAGCUACAGCAGGGCCGCAUCAAACUCAGCCUGUGGACCCUGCCAGACAUCCUCAUCCUCCAUCUGAAGCGGUUCAGGCAGGAGGGCGACAGGAGACUGAAGAUGCAGAACAUGGUGCAGUUCCCUCUGCUUGGCCUGGACAUGGCCCCCCACGUGGUGAAGAGGAGCCAGAGCAGCUGGAGCCUCCCCUCACACUGGUCACCCUGGAGACGACCGUACGGCCUCGGCCGUAACCCAGAUGACUAUCUUUAUGACUUGUAUGCUGUAUGCAAUCACCAUGGCAACAUGCAUGGAGGGCACUACACAGCGUACUGUAAGAACUCCAUUGAUGGGCAGUGGUACUGCUUUGAUGACAGCGAGGUCCAGCCCAUAGCUGAUGAGGAAGUAUGCCAACAGAUGGCCUACAUUCUGUUCUAUCAAAGGAGGACGACUAUUCCUUCUUGGUCUGCCAAUAGCUCUGUGGCUGGCUCCACCAGCUCGUCUCUGUGUGAGCACUGGGUGAACCGCAUCCCAGGAAGCAAGCCACCCAGCCUGGCCUCCGGAGCUUCAUCACGCCGCACAUCCCUGGCCUCUCUUGCCGAGUCUAUGGAGUUCCCGGGUGAUCGCAGCGAAGACGACGGAGGAUUUUCCACCCGACCCUUUGUGCGGAGCAUCCAGCGUCAGAGCUUGUCUUCCAGAUCGCCGUUAGCCAGCCCUCUGGCCUUUAGUGAGAAUGGCACCAAGCCCUGCUGGUCUCUGUCUGCCAAGCUCCACAUGAGGUCCAGCUCACCCUCGCACUUCUCCUUAGACUCCCGCUCCUCACCACCGCUGGAGAGAAUUGGGGAGGCAAGCGAUGACAAGGUGUCCACAUCAUGCUUUGGCAGCUACAGCCGGCACGAGCGCCACGCGAGCAGCAAGGCCCCUCUGGCCACCAUGGAGGGCAUUGGUAGUGACGAGGGCGAUGGGACAAGGAUUGUGGAUGACGCCUACUGCAGGGUGCUCCCGACUGUUGACAGGAAAAGCUCCAAAGCUGAGCCUCUGGACAACAACAACCAGAUCACUGCUUUGGACCAAAAUGUGCAUGGGACUCCUUCCAAAGAGCAAAAACACAAGAACUUAGCAGGGACAAAGGGGGAGAUAAAGGGGCAGACGGCCGGGACGAAAAAGAGCUCGAGCAAGGUGAAGGGAGACCAGGAGAAAUCCAAAAAGCGCCAGAGCACGUCUUCUGUGCAGAAAUCGACUUCAUCCCAAACAUCUUCCAACCCUCAAGGGAAGGGUGCCAGAGUGACCAAUUUGAAGGAGAAGAGUGAACCUGCCAAGAACACCAAAGGGGUCUCACCAGGAACCCCCUCCAAGAAGAAGGACCACUCCCAGAUCCAGGAGGCAGCAUCAGUGUCUGCGGCAACGAAAGCGAAGCAGCGCCUGACCUCUCCUGCAUUGUCUUCGGCCUCCCCCUCGCCAACCGGGAAAAGAAACUUCGUCAGCACGCAGGAGAAGAGCUCUGCCUCCAGCAGGAAGAAGCUGAUGGAGAGGAGCUCCAGCCGGGACUCUGUCCACACCAGUCCCCUGGCGGACAAGCCCAGACCUGGGGCCAUGUUGCGCUACUCUCAACCCAGGGGCACCGAGGGAGUUCGGCUGGAGAGGAGGCCCCUACGCAGCUCCAGCAGCAGCUCCUCAGUCACCAGCCUGCGCUCUCCCAGCGUCUCCUCCAGGGACCUGCGCCGCAGUAGCAAGUCCGAGGAUAAAGGCCUCUCCUUCUUCAAGAGUGCCCUAAGGCAGAAGGACACCCGCCGCUCUGCCGACCUGGGCAAGAGCGCCAUGCUCCCCAAGAAGAGUAGCGACAGGACAGCCAGGUCCAGCAGCCAGACCAAACUGGGUGCGGAAGAGGGCGAGGGGAACGCCUCCCACCAAGUCUCCCCUGCAGCCCUCUCCGGCAGGGCUGCCAGCGAAGACAAGGAGUCGGCUGCUACCUACACCCCUGGCAAACGCUCACUGCUACCUGUGGGCAAAUGCAAGUCUUCCAAUUCUGAGACAAAUCUUCAGUCUCCUGUCAAUGGGAAGAGGCCUGGUGAGAAGAUGCCCUCUUCCAGAAAGCUUUCUUCCAGCAUGCAAUCCUCUGCACGCCCAACACUGACGCCUCAAUGAUGUUUGAAUAGUACGUUCGUUAUAUUCUGUAAUGCAGCUAUUUUUUUGAUGUGCCUAAGAUGGAUGUAUAUCAAAAUUAUAUAGGAUAUACCUUUUACUUUUCUCAAAGAAAAUAUGUACAUGAUCAGAAGCGCCUUUUUAUCCUGCCAUGGAAAUGAGUGGCAAGGUGUGGUAUACAAAUAUACUACUGCUCACAACUCUGAAUAGGAAUGUUUUAACUUAGCACUUUGUAUAUAUUCUUUUCUGUUUCAAAUAAUGCUCAACCAUCAGGAGACUAAUGUAUGUGUGUAUUGGAUUUUUAUUAUUAUUAUUAUUAUUUUUUUUUUUUUACUUUGUUUGUUUUUUGAAGAAGUCAGCUGGGUUCUUAUAUUUGGAGCACUCCCAACUAGUCGCUCCACUUCCACACUUGGUGCUAAUUAAAGGGCAGUGUUCCUCUGGCAUUGUAGGAAUGGGGCAAAUGGAGUGGACCGUUGACCUGGUAACUUGACAUGGCCUGUAUGUGAACCACACCAAGCGUGCAUGCAGAAGUGUCAGCAGUAAACACAUGUCACAACCUGCUGUCCUGCCUCAUCUGGUUUUCAUACUAUCGAGUAAUGAAUUCCAGUAGCAUAACUGCCUUGUGAAGUGUACAUACUGUUGCCAAUUGUAGAUCAACAGCUGAUUUGUGUGAAUGAGACAUUUUUUAAAAUGGUAAUUAGACAAUCUUAAAUUUUUUUUUUGUUUUUGUUUUUUAACACACUCUUGAGGUGUGCUUUUCGUCUUUAGAUAUGGGUAAAGGCAGUGUAGCUGUUUGUGAGAGGUGAUAACCUGGUGAGAGUAUGACUGCAGUUAUUUCCCUGUGCUUGCCCAUUUUGAUGCCAACAGCCUUCAUUAACUUCAGCUUUGCUUGCUAUGAACAGGGGUUGAGCCCCUCCAUGUCAGUUUGUAUCUCCAUAUUAAUCUGUGGAUUAACAGUGCAAUAGUUUUCAGAACUUUGUAGAUGAAGCAAAAUAUUACUUCUGUAUCCAAAAAAUAUAUAUAACAUUGAAUUUAAUGUAUACGUUUUGGACAUGCUUUAGAUUUGACUCCAGUGAUUUUAAUGAUACUGUAUGUAUGCAAUAGAGAUGAGAACCAUUUAGUCAAAGUAUAUCAUAAUCUAAGAUUCUGGAAUGCUCUUCAACUCUCAUUGUGGGAUUUAAUUUUCUCUUCUUGCAAAAUUUUGGUUUCUGUGGCAUGAUCUAAUACUCCAGUUACCCUUCACGUGAUUCUCAAGUCCCUUUCACACUUCAAAUUUAUCUUAACAUUCCUUUAAAAGAAAUGGUAUGCAUAUUUUGAAAUUUACUUGAGAGAAAGCAUGGAUAAGAACGUCUGUAAAGACGUUCCUAGAGGUAGUGCUGUCAGUAUGUUGACCAGUGCUCAUGGAUUUGCUUCCAGGGGUUAAGGGAUUUGGGGUGUUCUCAAGCACCCAGGUCAGAUUUUGUCCUUUAAGUCUGAACAACAAAAAGAAACAACUAAAGCUUCACUCUAGAUACAUUUUUAAUUUGAACGUGGGACACGCUCAUAUGCUAAUGUGCGUUUUCCAGAAAAGUGUCCGUUUCCUCCGGAACACAAUAGCACUAAAGUGCACUGUAAUAUGGUACUAAGAAUCAGGUGAUCACUGUGAGUCUUCUGGGAAGUUGGGGCUUGGUCAUGGUUCAAAAAGGGGAGAAAAAAAAAUGAAAGCAAUGUCAUGUAACCACUUCAGACACUAACAAGUCAUGUGCUCUUUGCUACAGGUUUUUUCUUGUAAAAAUCACCCUUAAAUAUUAUAUAAUGCAUACUGUCAAAAAGGUGCACCUGUAAUGACCUUGCAGGUACUUUGUUAGCAGAAAACUUUUUUUUUAAAUUUUUUUUAUCAGAUUUCUCUUAAGUAUUCAGUUAUUUCUCCUCCAGGGUCCGUUUCCCCCAAUGAUGGCAGCUUGGCUCUGAUGCUUUUAGCUGUACUUUAAUUACAUAAAGUUCAUAAGUUCUUGAUUAAGUUGGUCAUUAAUUCUGAUCAGCUAAAUGAUCUGCUAAAUAUCUGAGUGUUUCUCUGUAGAAUUGGCCUGAUAUUUUUAUGACAUACCACUAUAAUACUACCGCUACACCUCCCUGAUGAUUUGUUUAGGCUACGAUGCAGCACUGUUUUGCAAGGGGACCAUUUGCACCAUUCAAAUAAUUAUAGAAAACAGUAAUGCAUGAUGACACUGAUGCAUGCAUGUAACUAUGCAAGCGAAUGUUGCUAAGAAAAAUUAAGUGGAUGCCAAUAUUUCUGUAUUUCUAAAUGGCAGUAGGGGGAAUAUGGGUUGGUUCUUAUUGCUUUUUUUGCACUCAUUCCUUUUGUUUUAGAUGGCAAAGGAAGAAUGUUUUGGUAUUAGCCUACAUGCUUUAUAUUCUCCAGUGAAAAGCAUCAUUAAAUCUGUUUUUCAGUACUUUUCCAUUCAUAAGCUUUUAAAGGAAAGUUUUUCCGUUUAUUCGAUAAGGAUAAUUUUCUUUAUACAAUCUAAAGUCAUGUUGACUUCACCUUUUAUUGUAGUUGUGUUCUCACGACUUGCUCAACUUGCUCACAUGGAAGCCCACCAGCCACAACCACCACCACAGCAAAUCUCGCGCACACCCACCCACCCAAUCACCAUCACAGCAA